AUGAAAUCCUCGAAGGGGAUAACCCCUAUGAGAAGCAGGAUAAUGGCCCAAAUACAAGGAAGAAACUUAGCCGAAUUAAAUGAAAAUGGAUGUUUAAGAGGAGCCUCAGAAAAAAAUGUUGAAGAAAAGUAUGGAGAAAUUGACUUCUAUAAUAUUUUCUUGCCUAGCGUCUGGGACCGUGAGGCGAUAUUUACUAGCAAUGUGAAAAAGGAGGAAAUAAACCAGCUGAUGAAUGAUAUGGAAGAAGUACCAUCACAGGAUGAAAUUAGAAAAAUAUGGAAGCGGGCAUAUGCUCUGGAGGGACAAGAAUAUUACAAAUUGAUAAAUGGUUUAUUCGAAUAUUACGAAAAGUUAAUGGGAAAACAUCAAGUAGAUGAUGAACCUCUUUUCAGUAUUUGGAGUGGAGUUAUGUCCAAAUGUUUUGAUGUACUAAAGGAGAAACAACACCAAUACAGUAAACUUUUCAACGGCUUCAUCAUCAAAGAUGGGAUGACAAAACAGCAAUUUGCUAAUUUCUUGAAAAAUUGCAACAAGGUGGCUGCUGAAUUCAGGGAAUCUUUAGAAACCAUUGCGAAGAAAGAAUUCGAAGCAAAAAUAAUUCCAGAAGGAGGAAACUCAGAUAAACAUGUUGAAGAAAAGUAUGGAGAAAUUGACUUCUAUAAUAUUUUCUUGCCUACCAUCUGGGAACAGGAGGCGAUAUUUACUAGCAAUGUGAAGAAGGAGGAGAUAACCGAACUGAUGAAGGAUAUGGAAGAAGUACCAUCAAAGGAUGAAAUUAUGAAAAUAUGGGAGCGGGCAUAUGCUCUGGAGGGACAAGAAUAUUACAAAUUGAUAAAUGGUUUAUUCGAAUAUUCCGAAAAGUUAAUGAAGAAACAUCAAGUAGAUGAUGAACCUCUUUUCAGUCAUUGGAGUGGAGUUAUGUCCAAAUGUUUUGAUGUACUAAAGGAGAAAGAACACCAAUACAGUAAUCUUUUCAACGGCUUCAUCAUCAAAGAUGGGAUGACAAAACAGGAAUUUGCUAAUUUCUUGGAAAAUUGCAACAAGGAGGCUGCUGAAUUCAAGGAAUCUUUAGAAACCAUUGCGAAGAAAGAAUUCGAAGCAAGAAUAAUUCCAGUAGGAGCCAACUAA